AUCAUCUCGGAGAUUGUCGGUCAGGUACGGUAUUGAACACGCACUCGGCCAGGCUGAUCUUUCCAUAUGUUAACAGCUCAGCGCCAUCCUCAUCCCUGUUGCCAUGUACUGGAAGCGCUUCCGGAACCCGAGUGGGACGACUCGAAUUCUCGAAAGCGCCACGCGCCACGGGUUAAGAUUUGGGGGCUCUCAGUGGGGCUCGACGAGACAAGCGAGCUGUGUGUUCCUGCAUAAGCUCCCCCUUUUCUCCCCUGAGGACCCGCCCUGCCGCCGUCACAGCAGCCGCACCACCACCAGAUCCCCCGCUUUUGACCCAUCGCCAACCUCACCAUGUUUCAAGCCGUUCAGGGCAACGGAUGACGCACCCAGCUGUGCGAUUGGCCUGCCCGGACUUCGUCGACGGUCAGUUCAUGCCUUGGCGACGAUACCCUGUCUCACAUCAAUUGAAUCGCCCGCCAGUGCCGCCACGGCAUCACCUUGGCGUCCCAUCGUCGCUUGCCGGUCGCUCCACCACAUCACGGCCAUGAUCUCUAUUUCUUCCGUCCCAACCGACGCUGCCGCCGCCAUCCUCGUGCUUCUACAUCUGCCCAACCGCCAAGGGACAAGCGCUUUUCCGGGCUUGGAGCACAGUCUUCUGUCCGUUGCGAUGAUAGCGGACUUAAUGCCGGACCGGGCAAGGUUACCGUUCAGGUGAUGUACCAGGGUACACCAGCUCCUGAAUGUUGCGUGGAUAUAAGAUGCUCUUCUGGUCCUGUCGAUGGACUGGCGUCUACUCUUUCUACAGGCGCCAGUCGACCUUCAAGCAAAGCCAUUUUUGUCAUUCAU